CUGCAGGAGCUCGGCAGUUCCGUCCGCUGACCGAGUCUCCUGCUUCCAUGGCGUCCACAAAACGCGUGGUGAAGACGAUUGUGGGCAUGGUGGGGAUCAUGGGACUCGGGUUCGGGCUUUGGGCAGCCGUAACGCCCAACGAGGCGCAGAUGAAGAAAUUGGCGAAGGAACUUCCUCGUUCCAGUCCUCAGCAGCGGGCUGAGCGGAAACAUCUGAACGAGCAGGUGAUGGAAAUUCUCAAAGAGGCAGCCGAAACCAAUGAGAACGUGGCCCGGAGAACGUGGCCCUGGAAAAAGUAGUAGCAGCUGGCCGUGGAUGUGGCCUGCCCCACUUGGACAGUCUGAUCAGCUUGCCUGUGCUCCAGAAUCCAAACGGAGAGAGAGAGAGACAGUUCUUUGCUGAAGAUGCUCAGGGCCUACCCGGUAAUUGCAUGACAGAGCUUGGAGGAUUUUUGAGGUUAGCCGACUGAGGAUAUCAUCUGGUUUUGAACUACAGCGAUCUGCCUCUUUUCUACGAUGUGCGGCACGCUAUUGUGCAAACGAGAGAUGAAAAGACCUUCAUAAAUGGCAACAGCACCUUG